AUGACCAAAUCCUCUGUUUCCCUUCUGGGUUUUGUCUUUCUCCUUCUCAAUGCAGGAGGGAAUGCUAAUGGAGCAACUUGGUGUGUUGCCAAGCCUUCAGCAAGUGAAUGUGUCCUCCAGCUGAACAUUGAAUAUGCUUGCAACAUGUUGCCUAGUUGCAAGAUGAUUCAAUCAUGUGGGGCGUGUUUCUACCCAGACACACCGAUGAAUCAUGCAUCUGCCAUCAUGAACCACUACUAUGCAACCAAUGGAAGAAACCUUUGGAACUGCAACUUCUCAGACUCUGCUCUCAUUGCUGUCACUGAUCCAAGUUAUGGGAGCUGCAACUAUGUAUAA